AUGAGUGCACGAGCGUCUCAGACCUCUUCCUAUCCUGCAAAUGCUGCUGUCCGAACCCUACACACAGGAUCUCCUCAUCAGCACGGAAAGUAUGCCCGGACAGAUGCUGAUGUCGAGAUUGAGUAUCCAGAGGAGCCCGACAUCCCUUCGUCGGCCCCAAUACGUGGGCUCCCCGGACAAUACGUGAAGCCAACAUUGGCAAGCUUCUCUCUUGAUGGUACUGUAGGCAUCGUCACCGGGGGUGCUCGAGGCCUGGGCCUGGUCAUAGGCCAAGGCAUGGUAUUCUCUGGAGCAGAUAUCGCGCUCGUUGACAUGAACAAGGACGAGGCUGAAAAGCAAUGCCAACUUCUUGUCGAUGCAUUUGUCAAGGAGAACCCAAAUGCUGAACGCAUCCCUAUAGUUACAGCUCACUACUCUGAUGUCGCUGACCCAGGAUCUGUGGAUGCCUGCAUCGCCGAGGUGCUGGAAAAGCAUGGCAGGAUUGACAGCCUAGUCACAUCCGCAGGCUUUGCAGAGAACUUUGAAGCCAUCAGCUACCCAACCGAUCGCAUGCGCAAGCUUUGGGCCGUCAAUGUUGACGGGACUUAUUUGUUUGCUACCGCAGUCGCGAGACACCUCAUGGAACGCAAAGCCCCUGGGAGCGUCGUCAUGAUUGGUAGUAUGUCUGGGGCCGUUGUCAACGUUCCUCAACCACAGGCCCCUUAUAAUGCAUUCAAGGCGGCCGUGAGACAGCUGGUUGCUUCUCUGGCAGUGGAAUGGGCCUACGCUGGUAUCCGUGUCAAUUGCAUCUCUCCUGGCUACAUGCUCACCGCAUUAACCCAAAAGAUUAUGGAUGAUAACCCUGACCUCCGCCAGAAGUGGGUGUCGCUUAUUCCACGAGGCAAAAUAGUGAAGCCCGAGGACUUAAUAGGAACAGUCACCUCCUUGCUGUCUAUCAAGCCGUUACAUUACUGGGGCUGA